AGCGUUUCUUUGUGUUAUUUCAAAACCACAAAAGAAAGCUACCUUUGUCCCUGACUUUUUUGGUAUCCUAAUCAGGAGCAAAAUUCAUUCAAAGCUAUCUAAUUAAAAUGACUCCGACGAUAGCACUGCCUUUUUGGGCCCAAUCGAAACCUCCCCGCGUCGUCGUACCGGAGGAGGCUGAGGUGCUUAGAAAGAGAAACGAAGAGCUGGAGAAGGAAUUGAAGAAGAGCAUAGAGAGAGAAGAGAAAAUGAAAGAGGAAUUGCAAAAGACAUGGAAAAGGCUGAAGGUAGCUGAAGAGGCGGAGGAACGCCUUUGUUGUCAGCUCGGAGAAUUUGAAGCUGAAGCUGUAGAUCAAGCUCGGGCUUAUAGGGCCCAUCUUAUUAAUUUAAUGGAACAACUUUCAGCCGCACAAAAACUUCUUCAAUCUCAAUAAUAGUCGAUCCAAAAUAAUUAUGCAUGCAGCAUGCACCUAGUUAGCCUAGCUAGUUUUUUCUUUUUUUGGUAUAUCAGAUUAAUUGCCUUCUCUUAAUUGCAAUACCUUGCAGCUUAUUUGCGGUGCAUGAUCUUUUUUCUGUUUUUUCGUUUGGUAAUCACACAUUGAUAUCCGAAUAAUUCGAAUUUGAGACUUUUUAUUAAGUAUAAAGGAUUUUUUACCAUU